AAAAAAUGGUAAAACAGAUAAAUAAAUCUGUAGAUGUUUUCCAAGCUCUUUCAUACACAGCCUGAACUAAUAAGCAUCAAAACGUUUUUGAACAAAGAUGAGGAUUAUUGUGUUCGUGUUGAGUUUGUUUGUAUUCAUUGAGGGAAAACAGUUACCGAAAUUCAUGCAGGAUUUAAGAUGUCCCUUGACGCACGAUUUCAAACCGUGCUUUAUAGAAAAAGGAAAUGCAGCUAUACCUCUUUUGGCCAAAGGAGUUCCCGAGUAUAACAUACCAAAAAUGGAUCCUGCUGAGAUUCACCAUGUCCAAUUGGUUUCAGAUCCAUCCUUGUCUCUGAAUUUGACUGACUUGAAGAUAUAUGGCUUAGAAAAUAUGAAAAUAAUCGAUAUAGAGGUAGAUUUGAAGAGGAGGAUGUUUAGAACAACACUAAGUGGUGAAAAUAUAACCGUCAUUGGAGAAUAUAGUGUGAAUGGAAGGAUAUUAGUUUUACCCAUAAUAGCUAAAGGAUUUUUCUCUACAUAUUUGAAAAAUGGAAUAUACAUAGCUACUAAAAUCGAUUAUAUCGUGGAAAAGAAUGGAGAAAAAUAUUAUAAUCCUGUAUUCGACCCAAUGGAUUAUCAUCUGGAAAAAGUUGUAUUCCAUAUAGAAGAUUUAUUCGGUGACAAUAAAGAACUAGGAGAGGAAGUGAAUAAAUUUCUGAACAAUAACUGGGACAUUCUUAUGAUCGAGUUUGGUCCAGAAAUAGCAAAAAUUAUAUCCAAAAUUAUCACGGACAUUUUCGAUAAUUUGGCUUCUGUUGUUCCUGUGAAAUAUGUAUUCUUAGAUGAUCCUGUAUUCAAAUUUAAAAAAUAAAUUAUUGGAAAUAA